AUGGCUUAUAACUCUAUGCGCGGGCCUUUCAGGGAAGCCGGUCGAGAUGUCUACUGCUGGGCGGAGCGGUGCCAGAAAUUGAACCUCCUGAAGGUGGUGAUGGAUGAAGGCGAGGGUACAUAUGAUGACAUUCUGGCUGAUGUCAAUUCCUUGUACCACAGUGAACAGCCCUCCCCAGACGAUCAUCCAGGGAGGAAAGAUGUAUUCUGUCUUCCUCGAGCACCAUAUGAGCAUAUUCACAAUCCGGCUACUUCUCAAGUCCAUGAUACUUCAGCCGCCGACCCCAUUCCUGCACACAACCCACAAGCUGUACAAUACGAAGUCCCACAAAUGAGACAUGAAAACUUCCACAUAGACCUUGAAAAUUGGGGGUAUUCAGAUCAGGGAGAUAGACAUAUCGAAGACGUUUCUCUUCCCGAAGAAGAUGAGUUCGUUAUCUCUGAUGACGAGGGACACCCAGACGACGGCCGAAUUUCCCCAUGCACAUUCCGACUGUUUACUCAGAACUGCCGCCGACGAUGCGAUACGCACCAGGUCAUUGACCAGGUACUCCAGAACUAUCAGCCUACAAACCUACGCCUCGAGACCAUUGGACCCCUCGGGAUGGAAUAUCAAGCUCCAAGGUUUCCAGGCCAAUACUACCCGCUUUCUUCCGGUUCUGGGUACGCUUGCGAAGAUGAGGAUGAGCAGGGAGCAGACUUGAUCCAGAUGGCCAAGAUCGUCACCAUCGAGCACUGGGUGUUUACAGGAUAUUGGCCGAAAUUUUCGGACGAGGUGGCUUAUGUUUAA